UCACCACCCAGGGAAGUAACAGUGAUACUGUAACAUGUCUUAUAAACAUGCAUUGUCUCAUCCACUCGCUCUUCUAGCUUCAUUUUCAAUAUUCCUAGUGGUCCCUUCGUCUUGUUUCAACCCCAAAAAUAUUUUCAAUGCUUCCAUUGAUUCAUAUUGGUCAUCUGCUGUGGCUACUUGGUAUGGACCUUCCAAUGGGGAUGGAAGUGAAGGUGGUGCUUGUGGUUAUGGCAGAACUGUUGGGGAACCUCCAUUCUCAUCGAUGAUAGCUGCAGGAAGCCCUCCUUUGUUUGAAUCAGGCAAAGGAUGUGGUUCUUGUUUCGAGGUGAAGUGCACGGGGAAUAAAGCAUGCUCAGGCAACCCUGUGAGGGUAGUGAUCACUGAUGAGUGUCCUGGUUGUGGUUCCGACGCACAUUUUGAUUUGAGUGGUGCUGCUUUUGAUGCAAUGGCAGGUCCAGGUGAAGCCGAUCAGUUACGCAACGCUGGCAGAAUAGCCGUUCAGUAUAACAGGGUUGCAUGCGAGUAUCCUCGUACGUCUAUAGUUUUUCAUGUGGACUCGGGAUCGAACCAAGACUAUUUUGCAGUGAUGGUUGAAUAUGAAGAUGGAGAUGGUGAACUUGAGAGAGUUGAACUGAAGGAAGAUUCUUCAAAUUCAUGGGAAGCCAUGCAACAAUCUUGGGGUGCAAUUUGGAAAUAUAACAAAGGCUCACAACUCAAAGCACCAUUCUCUAUAAGGCUAACCAACUUUAAGUCUAAGACUGUUGUGGCUACCAAUGUCAUCCCUGCUGGCUGGACACCUGGUCAAACUUAUAUAUCAAAUGUUAAUUUUUGAAUCUUUCUUCAUUCCCUGUACCUCUAUUACUUAAUCUAUCAUAUAAUCAAACAAA